AUGACCACUCCCGUCAAGGAAACCUCUCCCGGCCCCGAUGAGUGGCACCAUCUGGAGGAUUUGAAUCAGAGGCGACGGGUCCAGAACCGCCUAUCACAGCGGAAUCGGCGAACCAACCUGCGCAACCAGGUAGCCCAGGGCCAAAAGCAAGAAACGGCCAAGCACUCCGAGACCAAGCAGAACCGACAGCUCUUCUGGGUGCCACCUAAUUCCUCUACCGCAAAGGGGAAAUUGGUGACGACAAAAGGUAACAAGCUCGAGUCGCCUCGCCCCCCAGAUCCAGUGACGCCCCCUGGUCGUUGGCCGGAGAUCUGGCACGCUUCGCUGCACGAGAAACCGUCGGGUGGUGCAUUACACGGUGACCUGGGAGAUGACAUGGAUUCUUGCUGGAUCAACACGCUUAUCCGCUCGCCCGUCCUGCCUAUUGACGACGAUAUGCUGAGCUGCACGCCCCCGAUACCUACAUUCGACACGACCAUGACGUUGGAUGCCGCACCAGUACCGACGGCAAUGCCGGAGAGGGAUGGUGGGCUAUCCGAGGGGAACACAACGCAUAUUCAAGUUCCCUCGGCGAACGGAGUCGAGUUAGGUCGCACGGAAGGCUGCAAGGCACCACAAGAUAUGCACUUCACAGUGCAACCACAACAGCCAAUGACCAGUAUUCACACGGACAAGGACCGCAGGGAUCACUUCUUCGGAUAUGCAGCACUCCACGUGGCUGCCAGUCGGGGCCAUCUUGCUGUUGUGCAGCUGCUCACGGAGCGGGGAAUCCCGGUCGAUCAGUUGAGCAGUGAGAACGAGACAGCCCUGCAUCUGGCAGCGGAGCAGGGCCAUUGUGCUGUCGCACAUUACCUGCUGGAGCGUGGGGCUGACCCACACCGUGGCAACCAGUAUGGCGAAACGGCCCUGCACGUCGCCGCGGGUCAUGGACAUUGCGAUAUUGUCCGCCUGCUUUUCAGCUAUCUACCGGAUUUGAAUAUUGUGGAUCGCAAUGGCCACACGGCGCUCCUUCGGGCAGUAGCGGAGGGACAUGUCGAUGUCGUGCGGGUGUUGCUGGAGCGUGGCAUGGACGCUGGAAUGAAGGUAGGGUGGCCGUUGGAUGAAAAAAGCAUUUGA